CUAUCAUGAAAUACUCAUCUCCAAUAUGCAGGCAUAGAAAUGAACCAAUAAAGAAAUCCAACUUGUCUAAAAUGAAACGACAACGAAAACUUACAAAAUACCUUACUACGAAGAAGAAAAAGACAGGUCAAGAACAUCUCUAUUAUCCUUAUCGACUUAACAAGAACAAUAAUAACAACAAGAAUAAUGACGACAACAACAGCCAUAUAACAAAACAUGACGACAAUGACAGUAAUGACAACUUGACAGUGGACCUGGGUUAUUUGACGACUUUACGACAAGAAGCAUUUGCUGACCUCCAUCGACAAAUGCAAAGUUAUAAUGACUCGUUUGUAAUUAGAAUGCAACAAAAAGAACAACAACGAUUAGAUGUACAGAGACAAAGACGACGGUCAUCAUUGGAUACUUCACAGCUAGUACAACGUCGUAGAUCAUCUGUAUUAUCCACCAGUCAUGUAUAUCAUCAAGAUGAUAGUGAACCUAUGAUGGAAGAGUUAGUCAACAUGUUGGAAACAGGUACAAUCAAGGAUUAUAGUCUUUUGACAGAAUGGGAAAUUUGUCAGAAUCCUCAAAUCAUAUUGGAAGAAGAACAUCAUGGUGGCUUUGGUGAUUUAUGGUGACAAAUCCUAUGAACGAUAAUGAUAUCCUUUUGUUUUUAUAUUUUUUUUUUUUAUUUUCUUCUACUCUCUUCUACGUUCCCAACUUUUUUUUUGUACUUAGUCCUCAUUACAUUUCCUUCGUAUAGUUUUUUCUUUUGUAUCAUUUUCUUUUUUUAGUCUAGAUUUACUGUUUCAUAUUUUUUUUUUCUUUUUGUUUCUUCAAAUAUGCACAUGAUCAUACUAUCUUUGUAAUUAUAUAAUCAAAUGCCUUGCUCUAUUUUGUC